UUGAAGGAAUUGCUAUAGAAACAAUGGAUUUUGUGAAACCAUAAAUGUUACAGAGCCAACUAAGCUGUGUUGACAUAUUAAACAUUUAUAAUUAUCUUAUGUCCGUAGGGAGAAGAGUUGGUGAGAUGUAUGUAAAUAGACGACAAUAUUGACAGCUAGACUGAAUUUAUCUGUUUUGAAUCGGUAGCCCCACCGCCACUCCGUACUCUCCAAUGCAAACAAUGGAAUUGACGAACUUUGCCUUGUUUUCGUUUUUUUCUUUUAACUUCUCAGAUUUCGAAAACAUUGGUACCGCCCAAUUAUUUGUAUUGUAAGACCCAUUUCGACACGGACCAGUUCCUAUAUAGCUUAUGUAAUCUAGAACCUCCAACGUGAUUUAGAAUAGGUGAGCAAAUCUCCCUUCAUCCUUAGGUGCUUUUUUUUAUCUGUCAGUGUAGGUUGAACUUUGAUGCCAAGAUUUUUUGACGUACAGGAACAAAACAACUAAAGAUACUUGUAAACAAACACGACUAUCAAGAACUAAGCUUUCUGUGCUUCGUAGCUAGGUUAAAUCAAUAACAAUCCCUCUCGGAUAUCUCCUUAUUGGUUCGACCAUUAUCUCAAAAACGGAUACAAAACUGUAUUAAUAUGGGGCAAGUUGCGACAGUUGACCAAGUAUUGCGCAUUUGUACACGCAAGUUUAAAGUCUUAUUCCUUUGACAAGUCGACUUACAUCGCCUAGCAACAACACAAUGUGGCGGAAAAUUUUGAAUUCUUUUAAUUCGGUUAAAUGCUCUGCGCACAAUCCGAGUCUAUUGGCAAACAAUGUCAAAUAUUUGUCAUCGUUUGUUUCUGGAGAACCGACAGGGCCUCUCGUUAAAACAGCAAUUCCAGGUCCUCGAUCUCUGGCCAUGCUGUCAGAAAUGAAAAAAAUUCAAAUAUCGGACGCAGUGCAAUUGUUUGCUGAUUAUUCAAAGAGCAUAGGCAACUAUUUAUACGACGUCGAUGGAAAUAUUCUGCUGGACGUCUAUACUCAAAUUUCUUCUAUUCCGUUGGGUUACAACCACCCUGAAUUGUUAGAUGUCCUGCAAGAUAAGGAAAACAUCCGAACAUUCAUCAACCGACCUGCCCUCGGUGUGUUUCCUGGUGAAAAUUAUCCUCAGCGAGUCCAGAAUUCUCUGUUACGUAUUGCCCCCAAAGGCCAUACAGAGGUAACGACGAUGGCGUGUGGUUCGUGCUCAAACGAAAAUGCGUACAAAGCAAUUUUCGUUUGGUAUCGCAGGAAGCAGAGGGGAGAUAACUCUUACACCCCCGAGGAGGAGACGAGUUGCAUAAUGAAUCAAUUACCCGGAGUUUCCGACUUGACCCUAUUGUCUUUCAAAGGCGCUUUCCAUGGAAGAACAUUCGGUACGUUGAUCACGACUCAUACCAAGCCAGUCCACAAACUGGACAUCCCUACAAAGGACUGGCCAAUUGGUACCUUCCCUCGCUACAAGUAUCCCCUAGAAGAGUUUGUGCGCGAGAAUGAGGAAGAAGAUCGUCGCUGUUUGGCGGAAGUUGAAGAGCUUUUUGAUCGCUACAACAAACGUGGUAAAACAGUCGCUGGAGUUGUCAUCGAGCCGAUCCAAUCUGAAGGCGGAGAUCAUCACGCGUCACCAGCCUUUUUCCAAGAGCUGCAACGAAUUGCCAAGAAGAAUGGAGCAGCGCUACUCAUUGACGAAGUACAAACGGGCGGAGGUACAACGGGCGAAUUUUGGUGCCACGACCAUUUCAAAUUGGAUCACCCUGUCGAUAUUGUGACGUAUUCAAAGAAGAUGCUCAUUGGUGGAUACUUUUCGCUUCCCGAAUUCAGACCUCGCGAAGGAUAUAGGAUUUUCAACACGUGGAUGGGAGAGCCAUCGAAAGUCAUCCUGUUGGAAAAGGUUGUUGAAAUCAUUAAACGUGACAAGCUGAUUGAGAACGUCAGAGUUACUGGUGACUUGUUACUGAAUGGACUCAAGGAUUUCGGAAAUCGGUAUCCAAAUGUCGUGAAAAAUGUAAGGGGGCGUGGAACUUUCUGCGCUUUUGACUGCGUUUCCAUGGCGAAACGCGACCAGCUGGUCGAACAGUUGAAGGUCGAGGGGGUCCAGUCUGGUGGCGCUGGUCCUGUUGCUGUUCGUUUGCGUCCGUCGCUGGUAUUCCAACCUCAUCAUGCAUCCAUUUUCCUCGACAGUCUAGAAAAAGCCUUGAAAAAGAUGGACAACUAAAAUUAAAGCUUUGUCGAAAAAGAUGGUUGUACUUUGUUUUGAGGAAACUUCAAUUCGUCCAAUUAACUUCCAAAUGUUGAAUAAUCCCAUCAAUGAAAAAUUUACAGUUGUGUCUUAGACUACCACAAUACACAUGUUUUGAUGCA